UCAUUCGCAUGACAACUAAAGAAGCUGUUGUUUCUAUAAUGGUUGUUGGUACUAUGCCAUGCAAAGAUGAUUUUCAGGAAUUUCUUAAAUCUCAUAUAUUUUUAAGUUCGCAGGAUGUUCGCGCUACGGAAAAGGACAAAGUCAAAAUUUACAAUUCUUUUAGACUUGGCGAUAUAAUUAGGGCCGAA